GUGGACAUGAUCUUUUAGUAAAGCAAUCUGUGACUCUAGAAGACAACAGGAAUCCAAGAGAAUUAAGUCUGAGCACCUUAGGAGCAGGAUUAUUCUUCUUCCUCACUUCUUCAUCGCUCAUAUCCUUCAAAAUGAGGCUAAAAGAAGACCUGAACCCAGUGUUGCUGUUCCUCUUCCACCUCAUAGUGUGGGUCUACAGCACAGUCACGUUCCUGCCUUCCUACCUCCUCAGCUGGGUUUCAAGAGGCAGCGAGGAUUUUUAUGGAUCAGAGGAGGAACGAGCCCAGAGACCUAAGGCUUCUUCGGUUCUAGGACACCCAGAGGGACCCUACAGAGCAGUCAGCACCGUCAAAACACUCCUGUCAUCGCUUCACCCUGGAGUGGAUACGCUAGAUAAGAUGUUUGAGUAUGCAGCCAUGAGGUUCCCUCACAGAGACUGUCUUGGAACAAGGGAAGUAGUCACAGAGGAAGAUGAGCGACAGAGCAACGGGAAGAUGUUCAAGAAGGUUGUCCUUGGAAAGUACCACUGGCUGUCCUAUAAGGAGGCCCUGACAGCAGCCAUUCAGCUGGGUAGAGGUUUGGCAUCUUUGGGUCAACAGCCAAAAACCAACAUCGCCAUCUUCUGUGAGACCCGAGCAGAGUGGUUGAUCGCUGCUCAGGCCUGCUUUGCAUAUAACUUCCCAUUGGUGACCCUGUACUCCACCCUGGGGGGUCCAGCCAUUGCUCAUGGACUGAAUGAGGCUCAGGUCACCCAUAUUAUCACCAGCAAAGAACUCCUGGAGAACAGACUGAAGGCUAUCUUGCCUGAGGUUCCAAGAUUGCAGAAUAUCAUCGUGGUGGACAACACACCGACCACAUGGCCCGACUAUCCUCGGGGCAUCAGCAUCUGCAAUAUGGCCACUGUUCAAAAGCUAGGAGCCCAACCGGAGUAUGCAAAGUUUGAGCGUAAGCCGCCUCUGUCAUCAGACAUCGCAGUCAUCAUGUACACCAGUGGUUCCACCGGCCUUCCGAAGGGAGUCAUGAUCUCCCAUAGCAACAUCAUUGCCAGCAUUACAGGCAUGGCUGAGAGGAUCCCCAACCUGAGUGAAGAGGAUACCUACAUUGGGUACCUCCCUCUGGCUCAUGUGCUUGAGCUGUGUGCAGAGCUUGUCUGCAUUUCCCAUGGCUGCCGGAUCGGCUAUUCCUCACCUCAAACACUUGCUGACCAGUCGACGAAGAUCAAGAAAGGAAGCAGAGGAGACACCAGUGUCCUGCAGCCCACUCUGAUGGCAGCCGUCCCGGAGAUUAUGGACCGUAUCUAUAAGAAUGUGAUGAUGAAGGUGGAGGAGAUGAAUUGCUUCCAGCGAGCAAUCUUCAUCCGAGCAUACAACUACAAGCUGGAACAGCUGUUAAAAGGCCGCAGCACCCCGCUGUGUGACAGGUUUGUGUUCAGAAAGGUUCGUUCUCUGCUUGGUGGUCGAACCCGCGUCUUGUUAUCAGGUGGGGCUCCUCUCUCCGCCGCCACGCAGCGAUUCAUGAACGUGUGUCUGUGUUGCCCAGUGGGUCAGGGAUAUGGCCUGACGGAGACCUGCGGCGCUGGGACUAUAUGUGAAUACUGGGAUUACAGCACUGGUAGAGUGGGAGGGCCACUGGUUUGCUGUGAGAUCAAACUCAAAGACUGGGUUGAGGGCGGUUACCGAAGCACCGACAAACCUCAUCCCCGGGGAGAGAUUCUGAUUGGUGGACCCAACGUCACCAUGGGAUAUUACAACUGCAAGGCAAAAAACCAGGAGGACUUUCUGGUUGAUGAAAACGGCCAGCGAUGGUUCUACACUGGAGACAUUGGAGAGAUUCAUGAAGACGGGUGUCUCCAGAUUAUCGAUCGUAAGAAGGACCUGGUGAAGCUGCAGGCGGGAGAGUACGUGUCCCUGGGCAAGAUGGAGGCCGUGUUGAAGAACUGCCCACUGGUUGACAACAUCUGUGUCUAUGCCAACAGUGAUGAGACAUAUGUGAUUGCCUUUGUGGUGCCUAAUCAGAAGCAGCUGCUGACUCUGGCUGGCCAGUACGCCAUCAGAGGUACCUGGGAGGAGCUUUGCAACAGUGAGGCCAUGGAGGAGCUGGUCCUUAAAGUCAUCUCUGAGGCUGCACUGGCAGCCCAAAUGGAGCGCUUUGAAAUACCACGCAAGAUCCGUUUAAUCCCAGAGCCCUGGACCCCUGAAACCGGAUUAGUGACCGAUGCAUUCAAGCUCAAACGCAAGGAGCUGAAAACACAUUUCAAAGAUGAUAUUGAAAGAAUGUACGGUGGAAAACAACCAUGAGCAGCAGAUUGACUCUGAUAUAGUGUGAUUCCAUUAGAGCAGCAAUCUUCACCUUCAGCACAAAAUCCCACUUCAUGAACCUCAGUUCCCUUGUUAAACCAAGGAAGUAGUCCUAAUAUGCUGAAUUUCCUAAUCCUGCAGGCCAGGACACAGUUAACCUUUCUGCUGCUUUUGUUUUGUCUCCGGUUUUGUCCUGUUUGUCUCUGGGCUUUGAUGUCCCCCCCCCCCCCCAAACACACUGAGACAUAGAAAUAAGGAUGAUCUUAGUGGGGUCAGGUGUGUGAUGACCUUGGCCACUAUGAUGGAGCUGAGAUCAUUUCUAAUAAAGUCUGAGAUAGCAGAAGGGUCCAGUAUGGAGGCCCUUCAGUCUGUAGUCCAUCAAAUUAUCCCAGUAACUGAAUACAAAUCAUUGCAGCUGCAUGUGACGUCCAUGUCAGCAAAAAAGAAAAGGAAAUAGAACUGUAUUGAUCUCACAAUGGAGAAAUUCCCUCUUGGCUGCCAUUGUGUGGCGUCCGGGGAGCAGUGUGGGGUUAAGGCUCUUGCUCAGGGACCCAGAGUGGAAGUCUGUGGGGAUCAAACCAGGCAUACUGCUCUAACCACCAGGCCACCACCUCCAAACCUCUGCUGUGGUAGAAAAUCUGAGAAAGCAGCAAUGAAAGAAGAGCGCGGCGCGAACCGAGGGCUUAUCGUGUCACCCUGGUUUUAUGCUGAUAUUAGAUUUUCCUUCAUGCAGACUUGAACAGAUUACUGUCCUUACAGAUUGUCACCUGUUGCGCUUUAGUGAUUCUGAAACAUGCCUUUCUGAUUUUAAACUGAUCCUUAGAGUAAAAUACAGCAUUGAUCCAGGUAGAGGACGGCAGAGGAAGAUAACGCAUGGCUGCUACAGGAUCUCCAUGCCUCAAAGCAAUGCUCACACACAAAUAUUUAUCUGUAAUUUUCUCUUGGAA